UUUAGUGAGAUUAUUAAUUCGAUAACAUACAUACAAAGAUUAUGUUCUAACAACGUGUUCGUUCUUAACAUUGCAUUUUGAAAAAAUGCCCAUUCAAAACUUUAUGCUAGUAUUAUUGGUUGUAUUUGUAAAUUUAACAAGUUGUGAAAAACGUUAUGAGCCUUCAUGGGCAUCUUUAGAUAAACAUGUUGCACCAUCUUGGUAUGACGAGGGAAAAAUUGGAAUAUUUAUGCAUUGGGGAUUAUAUUCUGUUCCAAGCUUUGGAACACCAACCGCUGGUAGUGAGUGGUUGUGGAACAGGUGGUCUACAAAAGAAAAAGAAGCUGUUGAUUUUAUGACAAGUAACUAUCCACCCAAUUAUCGAUACCAAGAUUUUGCCCCUCAAUGGAAAGCUGAGUUUUUUGAUGCAAAUGAAUGGGCAGAUAUUGUGGAAAAUUCAGGAGCAAAAUAUUUUGUAAUCACAAGUAAACAUCAUGAAGGUUUUACUUUGUGGCCCUCAAAUGUAAGUUGGAACUGGAAUUCUGUUGAUUGUGGUCCUCAUCGUGAUUUAAUUGGUGAAUUAGCAACUGUGUUUCAUAGUCGAUCUAAUGUGCACUUUGGCAUGUACUAUUCUUUGUUUGAAUGGUUUCAUCCCCUUUUCUUGUUAGAUAAAGCUAAUAACUUCAAGUCACAGGAAUAUGUUCAGACCGUGGUCAAACCUCAGUUGUAUGAUUUUGUAAAUAAAUACAAACCAGAGUAUAUUUGGUCAGAUGGAGACCCAGCUUCUUCAAAAUAUUGGGGCUCAGAGGAGUUUAUUGCUUGGUUGUAUAAUGAUAGUCCCGUGCGUGAUAAUAUACUGGUUAAUGAUCGAUGGGGCCCAGAGGCAUGGUGCAAACAUGGUGAUGUUAAAAAUUGUGCUGAUAGAUUUCUUCCUGGAAAAAAAGUAGACUUCAAGUGGGAAAAUGCAAUGACUUUAGAUAAACAUUCUUGGGGAAAUCGACGAAACACCAAUCUAAAUGAUUAUAUGACUAUGGAAGAGUUGCUCUCAGUUUUAGCUGAAACUAUUAGUUAUGGUGGGAAUUUGCUUAUCAAUGUUGGACCAACUUCAGAUGGAAGGAUAGAGCCAAUAUUUCAAGAACGCUUAGCCCAACUUGGCUCUUGGUUGAAAGUAAAUGGAAAAGCAGUAUACUCAACAUCUGUUUGGAAAUUUCAAAAUGAUUCAGAAUCCGGAAAAAUCUGGUAUACUACUGACAAAGAAUGUGUUUAUGCGAUUAUCUUGCAGAUGCCAAAUGAUGCAAUAUUGACAUUGCAUCAACCUAUACCAAAAUCUUCCUCCAAGGUCUUUAUGCUUGGUAGUUCUAUUUCUUUGCCGUGGGAAGGAAAAGAGGGUAGAUCAGGUAUAACAGUAGAUCUUACUGGUUUGAGGCCUUUGCCGUGUCAAUGGGCUUGGUCACUUGCUUUGAUUGACUUUGAAUAAGUUGAUUUUUCGAUAUUUUAUUUUUAACGUUUGAUGUCAUAUUUAAGUAGUUUAGUAAUUUCUUAAUUUUUAAACAUUUUGAAUGCAUUUUUAAAUAAUUUGAUUUUUGUAUAAUAUACAUACUUUUUAUUUAUUAAUAUGUAUAAUGUUUUAUACUGUAUUUUUAAAGGUCACAUUUAUUAGGUAUUUUUUAUUCGAAUGUUAUUAAAUGUCUAAUUAAUCUAAUUUUUAUUGUAUCAUUACUUGAUGUAUCAGUAACAUUUUCACUUUUUUGAA